AUUUUCCCUCUCAUCUCCCCACUCCUCUUCCCCUACCCUCUGCCCAGUUCCCGCAGCGUCAGCCCCGCUCCGUCCCGCCCCAAACUCUGAUCUGCAGUUCUGCUGACAACAAGUGACGCUUAACGGGGCGGUCCAAUCGUUGGGCAGCCGGCGGCGGGGCGACUCUCCCCUUCUAACAAUCCCGCUGUGCGCGUCCCACUGCGGGACCAUGGGACGGGCUGCGGGACGCUGCGCGGCCGCUUGUUGCUUCGCCUGGUUGUUCGCCUGCUGCGCAGCACGCCGGGACGACUCGGGCAGCGAUGCGUUUACCAUUAGGCACCACACGCUCAACAAGUGCAUACAAGUUAAAAACUCACGGCUUGUGAUAGAUGACUGCAAAGAGACAAGUGAAGCUCUGUGGAAAUGGGUGUCCCAGAGCCGCCUUUUCCAUCUGGGCACCAAGCAGUGCCUGGGACUCGAUAUAUUCACCAAAUCACCAUCCCGCCUGAGAAUGGUGGACUGCAACUCAGACCUUCGGCUGUGGUGGCGGUGUGCUGAUGGCUCUGUGGUUGGUGCAUCUCAGUACAAGGUGACCGUCAAAAGUGCCUACGUAACAGUGAGCAUGAAUGCGUCAGACCAAUGGAGAAGCGGCGACUCCUCGGGUGAUAUAUGCCAGUAUCCAUACCGUGAGGUUUAUACCAGAGAUGGGAACUCCUAUGGGAAGCCCUGUGAAUUCCCCUUUCUGUACAACACGACCUGGCAUCAUGAUUGCAUUCAGGAUGGGACACACACUGGUGGGAAAUGGUGCGCCACGUCUGAAGACUAUACUCGUGAUGGAAAAUGGGGAAUCUGCUUACAGCCAGUGGAUGGCUGUCGUGAUAUCUGGGAACACGAUGCAGGCUCUCAGCACUGCUACCAGUUCAAUACCCAGUCCGCUCUUUCUUGGAAGGAAGCUUAUAUUUCAUGUCAAAGGCAAGGUGGAGACUUACUUAGCAUUCAAGAUGCAUCGGAGCUAAAUUACAUACAAGCUAAGGAUGACAUCGCUGAGAUCUUCUGGAUUGGCUUAAAUCAGCUGGAUGUUUCUAGAGGCUGGCAGUGGUCAGAUCACAAACCUUUGAAUUUUGUCAACUGGCAUCCAGAUAUGCAGGAUUUGUCCCCUCUGGAUGGGACCAGCUGUGUGGCAAUGAAUGCUGCCUCAGGUCAGUGGCAGAGUUACCACUGUGGGAAUCCGCUUCCAUAUGUUUGCAAGAAGUCAUUCAAGGAGGUUUCAAACCUCACAGAGUUUUGGAGACACUUGGAUACUCGCUGUGAUGUGGGCUGGCUUCCCUACAAUGGUUUUUGCUACAUGCUGAUAAACAACAAGGCAUCUUGGAGUACAGCAGAUCAGUUGUGCAAAGCAAAUAAAAGUCACCUCAUCAGCAUACACUCACUGGCAGAUGUGGAACUCAUUGUUACGAAGCUUCAUAUUGAUGCUAAAGAAGAAGUGUGGAUGGGUCUGAGGAAUGAAGAUGUACCGACCUUGUUCAAAUGGUCAGAUCUCACAGAUGUGGUUUUUACAUACUGGGAUCAGAAUGAGCCAAAUGUUCCUUUUAAUGCCACUCCUAACUGUGUGUCCUAUUCAGGCAAGCUGGGGCAGUGGAAAGUCAAACCUUGUGAAGAAAACUUGAAAUAUGUGUGUAAGAAAAAAGGAGAGAUUUUAAAUGAAACAAAAUCGGACAAAAAUUGCUCAUUGGAUGAGGGUUGGGAGAUGCAUGGAAGCUACUGCUACAAGAUUUUGAAGACGGAAGUUUCAUUUGGAACACAGUGCAAUCUUACAGUUACAAACAGGUUUGAGCAAGAAUUUAUAAACAGUCUGAUUAGGAAACACACCAAAGUUGAAGAAAAAUACUUCUGGACUGGUUUGCAAGACAUUAGCCAGUCUGGAAUGUACUCCUGGGCUGAAGUGGAUGGGGAAAAAAGUGAAGCUGUGACAUUUACUAACUGGAACUCCUUGCAACCAGAGUUCUCAGGAGGAUGUGUGGCCAUGUCCAGUGGGAAAUCUCUUGGAAAGUGGGAAACUAAGGACUGUAAAACAACAAAAGCAUUCCCUGUUUGUAAAAAAUACAUCGGGCUGCCCAAGGAACCAGAAGUGCUCCCAAAGCCAUCUGAUCCCUGUCCCCCUGGGUGGCAUAAUGGAUCUGGCCUUGCCUGCUAUAAGUUCUUCCACAGUGAAAGAGUGCUGCGAACCAGAACUUGGGAGGAGGCGGAAAGGUUCUGUGAAGCACUCGGAGGCCAUCUUCCCAGCUUCACUCAUACAGAGGAAAUCAAGGCGCUUCAUUCCAUCCUGAGAAAAAUUAUCAGCAAUGACAGAUGGGUAUGGAUUGGAAUGAAUAAGAGGAGUCCAGAUUCUUUGGGAACCUGGCAAUGGAGUGAUGAUAAACCCGUUACUGGUCUUGUCUUGCCACAUGAUUAUCUGGAAGAUGAGUAUGACACAAGGGACUGUGUUGCUUUAAAGACCUUUCAGUUUUCACGGAGAUCAUUUUGGAGAUUUUAUUUCCAUGAAGGCAGAGACCUGGAGUUUUAUUUCAAGCCUUUUGAUUGUGAGGCUAAACUUGAAUGGGUCUGCCAGAUAACUAAAGGUAGCACUCCAAAGACACCUGAGUGGUAUAUACCAGAUGAAAUUGGAAUUCAUGGAGUCCCACUUGUUGUUGAUGGAGCAGAGCUGUGGUUUGUACCAGAUAAAAACCUGAGCUUUCAAGAAGCUAUUUCCUACUGUCAGAAGAAUGAUAGUGAAUUGGCCUCUGUGGAGUCUUACCCAAAACUCAGGACAAUAUUAUCUCAGAUAGAAAAGUUAUCAAACAGUGAACAGAAGUGGUGGCUGAAGUUUAUCGAUUAUGGCUACAGCUAUCAUUCACCUUUACAGUUAUUUCCACGCUUCCAUGAUCGAUCCCUGAGGGACUGCUGGUAUGUUUCUAGGAAGAGCUGGUAUAGAGACUACCCGGUUAACUGUAACAUGAAGCUGCCCUUCAUUUGUGAGAAGAAUAAUGCCUCCUUGCUGGAGAAACACGAUCCCAGCUACCGCCCAGUAACAGGAGGUUGCCCUAAGGGUUGGCUUCGAUUUCGGAACAAGUGCUUCCUAAAGAUGAAAUCCGAGUAUUUAACAUUUAAUGCAGCUAAUGAGAAGUGUGUAACUUUUGGAGGCUCCCUUCCAUGCAUCUCAAGUCAAGCUGAGCAAGAUUUUAUAACAUCCUUGCUUCCUCAAAUGCCGAGAGAUAUUUGGAUUGGUUUGCAGUUUUUGUUCAGCACAAGAGAAAACAAGUGGAUAGAUGAGAGCAGGCUGUUGUAUAGUAACUUUCACCCGCUCCUGACAGGAAGACUGAGGAAAAUUCCACUGGAUCUUUUUGAUGAAGAAUUUAACAACCAGUGUGGUGUAAUCCUCAAUGAUCCCAAGUCUCAGUAUGUUGGAACAUGGAAUUUCACUGCUUGCGCUGACAGGCACUUCUUGGGUAUCUGCCAGCGUCCUAUAGGUAUAGGUGCUGCUGAUAACCAGACAGAGCAAGUCCUCAAUGACGCAUUUAGCUAUCAGAAUGUUCAAUACAAAGUAAUUCUGAAGAAUUUGACCUGGAAUGAUGCAAUGGCUGCAUGCAUAAAUCACAAGAUGCAACUAGUUAGCAUCACAGAUCAGUUCCAGCAGGCUUCUCUCGCUGUUCAGGCUGCCCUUCAUGAUUACCCACUGUGGAUUGGACUCUUCAGCAGAGAUGGUGGAAAACAUUAUGGCUGGUUGGAUGGGAAACAUGUAAGCUUCAGUCGCUGGUCUGAAGACGAUGAAGAGACAAGUGAGGAGUGUGUGUAUUUGGAUACUGAUGGCUUCUGGAAAACUUCUGACUGCUACUCUGAAAAUCGAGGUGCUAUUUGCUACUCACCAGAAAAGAAGAAUGAAAAAGAACAAGUAACACAAGUUAAGUGCCCGCAUAAGAUUAAAAAUACACCCUGGAUAUCAUUUAGAAACAAUUGUUACACUUUUAUGAUAACAAAAAAUAGAUGGCGAGAAAUGAAGUCUCAAGAAGCUCAUCAUUUAUGCAAGAAAAUGAACCCAGAAGCCUUUGUUCUAAGUGUUCGAGAUGAAGAGGAAAACAGUUUUGUUACUGAGCAGCUUCAUUCAUUCAGUGGUCUGGCUGUGUGGGUCUGGCUGGGUGUCAUUUACGAUGAUAGUGAUAAAGUUCUGAAGUGGUAUGAUGAAACACAUCUGACUUACAAUAACUGGAGGCUGGGAAGACCGAUCAUAAAGAAGAACAGCUUUUUUGCUGGUGUGAAUCUUGAUGGUUUCUGGGAUAUUUAUAAUUAUUCUCAAAGUUGGCAAGCUCAUCACUAUAACGUGUACAGUAUUCUCGCCUGCAAAAUUGAAAGGGGACCCCAGCAGCACAAGCCCCCACUGCCUGAGUUCAUUCCACAUGGAGACAGAAGAUACAGAAUCCUUCAGAAAAAGUUAACGUGGUAUGAUGCAGUGAGAGAAUGCAAGCAGAACAUGAGUGAUUUAGCAAGUGUACACAGUGAAUCACAGCAGUUAUUUCUGGAAGAUAUCGUCAAGCAGGAUGGCUACCCGCUGUGGCUUGGGUUGUCCAUUCAUGAUGGAAGUAAAGCUAAUUUUGAAUGGUCAGAUGGAAGCAGUUUUGACUAUUAUCCAUGGGAGCUAGAAAACUCAAAUACAACUGAGAACUGUGUUCUGCUGGAUACUAAAGGAUCUUGGAACCGUGCAAAAUGUACAAGUGUUGCUGAAGGAGCCAUUUGCUAUAGCUUUUCAAAUGAGAGACAAUCGGAUCAAAAGCAAGUGAGCCAAGCCUCAGGAUGCUCCCAACUUAGUGGAGAACUACCGUGGAUACAGUAUAAGGAUCACUGUUACGCAUUUGACAUGGCUUUCUACAAUUUUUCAGUAUAUAACGUGGAAGACGCUAAGAAAGUCUGCAAAAAACUGAAUCCUUCAGCAGCCCUUCUGUCCAUAGGGGAUGCUGAGGAGAAUGCAUUUGUCAGCAUGCACAUAAAGGAAAAUGAUCUAAUUACUAGGAAAGUAUGGCUUGGACUGACUCAGAGCUCUAAGGGUCAGUCCCUGCACUGGCUUGAUGGCUCAUCAGUUAAUUACGCCAACUGGGAUAACAGAACCACAGAACUCAGUGAAAAAUGCAGUGUUAUCAUGUCCACAACUGGCAAGUGGUCCAAGGUUGACUGCAGUCAUAGUCAAAGCAGAGUGGUUUGCAAAGCUCCUUUAGGUUCUAAUCACACCGGGGUGGCUGUAGCUUUUGCCCUGCUAAUUAUCCUCGUCCUUGUUGUCGGAUUAGUGUGGUUUAUCUGUAAAAAGAAGCGUCUUCACUGGAGUGCCUUCUCUUCUGUACGUUAUCAAAGAGGGAUAAAUGAUGAUGAAGCUGAUGAUGUAUUCACAAAAGAUGGCUAUUGAGAAGAACUGUUCCUUCUAGGUGAUUUAGCAUGAACUUCACUGUGUGAAGCCGUAAGGACUGAACUACUUGAUGUUUUGUUACUUCUUUUUGAAAAAGUGAUAAGGUUAUUAACAGGGGCUGAGUUGUGUUCCUUUAUACAAGUGUGCAGUUUUGAUUCAAGCCCACGGUAAUUAUUUACAUUCGGCCUCAGUUGUUUAAGGUACAAGGUCUUUUGGAGUUGUGUAAUGUAUUUGAAUUUAGAGUAUUAUUUUCCAUCUCUUUACUGGAAAAUGUUUUUAAUUAAAUAAUUAAUGAUGACUUACUUCAUGCAAUGUCACCUUAUUUGAACGCAUGAAUUCUCUAACUCUGUACAAUUUCUACUCAGUAACUUAAGGCCAAUGAUGUGCCAUUUUGAUGUGUUGAGGACUGUGCUGCUAGUGUUGGAUUAUCUAGCUAGCACGGAGAAGGAAGCGCUUGGUUUAGCGAUAUUUGUAACGAGUUGUUAUGAAUUCUGAUACAGUGGGAGCAAAAGGAGUUAUCAGACAAUGAAGCAUUCUUUCCUGUCCGUCUAGAAUUUAAGUUUUCAUGUUUCAGGGAAGGAAGAAGAGAAUGUUGUUACUGUCUCGCCCAGAUUAAUGAUAAUAAUAAACAAGUUAUACUGGUCGAGAUACAAAUAUUGGAAUCAGUAUCUAGACAUAGGAGAAAAAUUGAAACAUUUUAACAAAUGCACUUAGAGUAGCAUUUAGAAGAAGAAUUACUCCAUUCUAUCCCAUGCCUUCAAACUACUCUGAAAUUAUAGACCUCUUUGACUUCCUUCUGGAUAAAAUGGUAAUGACAGAACACCUCCAUUCUAUAAUCUGUUGCAGUGUGAUGCCUGAGGAUGGGAGUGUUACAGUGUUUUAUCUCCUUUAAUGAGAUCCUUCUGACACUUUACCUCCAGUAAUGCUGUUGGUUUUUAUUAUGGUUAAAUGCUUAAAAUAUAUAAAGUGGAAUAUCUGCUAUCUGUCCAAGAAAUAACGAAGGAAUAUCUAAGGAAGGAAUGAGGAAGAAUGUAUGGUAAAUUAAGUUAUGUAUGUAAAUGCUAAAAACUUGAGUAUUUUACAUAAAACUUAAACUUGUUUUUUGUAUGUGAUGUGAUGAAUGCACUCCAAAGAAAGCUAUAAAGGGAAAAAGGGAAGACAGCUUGUUGUACACCUUCUAAUGAUUUGAUCAGUGUUUUGAAGAAGCCCUCACACUUCUUCAGAGCACAGUACAAAGGGCAGGUGUUUACUUUCAUGAAGGAGUAUAUGCAAAAGACCAGAUCCACCCCCUGUGCAGUAAUAAUGGUGUGAUAUGAUGGACAGGAGUACAUUUGGUCUGAUGUGCUGAGAAGUUUACUACUGAUUUCUCUGGAGCAACAUUGCGAGGUGAUAAAUAAUGUUCAGCUGCCUUAUUUCCCUGCAGUUUACUGAAAUGGACAGCACUUUCCUUUGUUCCUGUUUGCACUAUUUUGAUAAGCAGGUGUUGUUUAUCAUCUGCAUUAAUAAUAGAAACCUCUUGUAGAUAUCACUUCAGUACCUGUUGAAUAGCACAGUGAAGGAGCUUAGCCAAAGAAAUGUCGUGUUUGUUAGUUUGCUGGUUAAGAAGCAAGCACUUUUGUUGUUUAUUUGGUACUUGGGCACAGCUGUGAACGUUUCCUUUUUCUUUCUUAAUGGGGUAGUUGCUUUGCUGAAUGACUUCUAAAUUAAUGAGCUUUAGAAACAAAAAGUGUUGGUCGUUGUCCUUGUCUCACAACAAUAAGUGGGAAAAUAUGUUGAAAAUCCUGUUUGGAGAUUUACUGGUUUUAUAGGUGUUUAUACUUUUUGAACGCUUUUAGUUGAGAAGCUGAAGUUGAAAGUGGAAAUUAGUGAUAAAAAUCCUAAAUUCCAAAAUAUAAAUAUAUGCUUUUUAUAAUUUAAAGGAAAAAAAUGUAUAUUUUAUUCUUAUGAAUGAUGUAAAUAAUUUUGUAAGGCCCCUUUUCUAUGUUUGUUUCCUCACACCCAAGUUGUCUCAUCACUGGUAACUCUCAUUUGAACAAGCACAGCUGCCUUAGUGCAGGUGAGUAACCCACUUCAAUUGAAAUGCACAGCAAGAUUAUUACUGAAAGAAUAAAGCUAAAUAAAACACUAAA